CCUCAUUGGGAGUGUUCGUUGGUAGUAAGUGUCCCACAGUUCAGCCACGAUAAGUUUCUCACAGUUUUUGUCCCCCCUCUUCUUACUAUCCUUGAGUCUUACAGAUGUCGAAGCCCCCUCCUAAACCGGCCAAGCCAGGCCAAGUCAAGGUGUUCAGAGCAUUGUUUACCUUCGAUCCCAGAACACCAGAUGAGUUGUACUUUGAGGAGGGAGACAUUUUGUACAUCUCAGACACGAGUGACACUAAUUGGUGGAAGGGGACGUGUAGAGGAAGGACGGGACUAAUUCCAAGUAACUAUGUGGCUGAGCAAGCCGAAUCCAUUGACAAUCCCAUGCACGAAGCAGCCAAACGAGGCAAUAUAAGCUGGCUGAGGGAAUGUCUGGAGAACAAGGUUGGAAUCAACGGGCUGGAUAAGGCAGGAAACACUGCCCUCUACUGGGGAUGCCACGGAGGACAUAAAGAUGUGGUGGAGUUGUUGCUGAGUCAGCCCAGUGUGGAGCUCAACCAGCAGAACAAACUUGGGGACACACCGUUGCACGCUGCUGCCUGGAAAGGUUACUCUGACAUCGUGGAAAUGCUGCUCAACAGGAAUGCGAGAACAGACAUCAAAAACAACGAGAAUAAACUGGCUUUAGAGAUGGCCACCAAUGCCCAAUGUGCUUCACUUCUGAAAAGGAGACAGUCAACCACCGUCUACCGCAGACCCAGCGACGCUGAGGAGUAUUUGGAUGACGAAGAUUCAGACUGAGCUUGUCCGGGACCAGAUGAAAACAUUUUCACAUUCUUCCUUUUGUUCGUUGUAGAGGUGGAACUUUUGGAGUUUUAUUCCAGACCUGAAAUGGACUUGCAUGUUCACGCUGCAGCUCCAUUUUAGUUCAGAUAUUUUGUUCAAACCCUUCAGUUCUUGGCUCUUCACAUCCUGUCAGUGUAGAUUUCAAAGCGCUGAAACGAUCUGAUUUUUUUACAGCUCGUCUGCUUUUUCUGGUGCACAGCUAGACGUAGGGGAUUUAUCUUGGAGCAUCAGGAGCACACUGUGGGCUCAGAGGCAGAAAGUGUAUAUAGUGAAAGAGAAGUGACCAACGUUAUUGGGAGACAGAUUAUAUUUAACCUAUUAUGACGGAGAAGCAGUUCACGGAAUGUUUAAUGCUUCCCCUUUAAUGCAAAUGAGAUAUUUUAUAACAUAUUGAACAUUUAACAUGUCACUGGGCUUAAUGCGGUGAACAGUUUUGAAUGGCAGUAAUCUGAUUAAAUUAGCAUAUUACUCCUCGUUUUUUGAUCUGUUUGAGCUGCUUUAUAAUCUCGUCAUCUUCCGAUGGUUUGAUUUCCAUCAUGGGAGCAAAUUUCUGCUGCUUUUCCAACGAAGAUGAUAAAAAGUGCCUUAACUAUUUGCAACAGAGGUUGUGUGUCUUUGAUUGUGUAUCACUUUAACCUCGUUUUUGUCUUGAGGUUGGCAAUUAACAUUUCUAGAUUUUUGCCAUCUUCAAUCUGUAAUAACUUUACUACAUUGUUCAAAAUGGACAACUCCAUAAAAUGUCAAAAACAUAAAUAACUGCUUUACGAGUUCUGAAAUUAUUUAACCUCAAGUGUACAAAAGACAACAGAU